AACAGUUGCAGAGCUGGAGCUGCCGCAAAGCCCCGUCCUCCAGGGCUUUUUAAACACCGUGUUUGCUUCACGCUCCAACAAUAUCAUCCAAUUGAAAAGAGCCGCAGCGCUAAAUGCACUGAACCGACGGUCAUCGUGGGAACAGCGCCGACGAGCACAGACCGUCAUGGUUUAGGAGAAAGAAAACGACGGCAUCGUUAAAGGUAGAAAAAAAAAAAAGAGACUGGGUUGCGGGUCAACGAGUUUAACCCUUAAUCUUCCGUAGCGUUGUUUGCUGACGGGUAAGGGUAGUCUAAACGGGAAAGCGUCUGGGUGAAAUGUGAGCGGACCGGGUCACUGACCGUUAUUCCGUUGUUUUCAAUGUGGUUGGGACCCCAGCCGACUCGCUCGUUGCAGCUAGCUCGGUACGGCCGCGUUGAUGCAGCAGCGCACGGCUGUGGUGUUCAAAUCCACCACCGGAUCUGGGAAGACAAUAGGUGAAAUAUACGCCGGCCUGGACUACACGGAACGAGAGUCUGCAUCCGCUUGGGCUUCACUAGUGUCUGUGUGAGGAAUCGGGUUAUAGAGCGAAGUGACGGCCGGCAGGUAGCUGCAUCAGGAUGGCAGCUGUAGUGAACUAUUCUCCACCUUGGUGGGUGAAUCUUCUCCAUCGUUUGCCUCAUUUCAACAUCGAAUUCCAGCUGGUGAGCAGUGACUUCAGACCAGAGGACUCGGAGUACCAGAAGUCUGUUUUGCUGCUUGGUGCUGCGGCGUUGGUGUGUUUGGCCCUGGACCUCCUCUUUCUCCUCUUCUACUCGUUCUGGCUUUGCUGCCGGCGACGCAAGAGUGACGAAUCCUCGCAUUCCCAUACGCACUCUCAGCAGCCUAGCGCUGACUGCUGCUGCACGGCCUGGUGCGUCAUCAUCGCCACACUCGUCUGCAGCGCUGGCAUCGCUGUAGGAUUCUAUGGAAAUGGAGAGUCGAGUGAUGGAGCCAGUCGUUUGGCAUACUCCCUCCGUCAUGCCAACCGCACCAUAUCUGGGGUGGAGAAACUGGUGUCUGACAGUGCCCUAGCCUUAAACCAGUCAGUGGAGGAGAGCCUGGUCCAGUUGGAGACAGCCUUCCAGGAGCAGACAGACUACGUGUCCAUCGUCCAAAAGCUGCAGGGCCAGCUGGACGAGCUGGUGAGGCUGAUGGUGGAUGUUCCCUUCUGGUCCAAUACUGACAUCUCCCUGGAGGAUUUGGCCCGCAAGACGGAGACCUUUGACUUUUACAGGUGGUUGGGUUACCUGGUCCUGCUGCUGUUUGAUGUACUCAUUUGUCUUCUGGUGCUCUUCGGCCUGAUACGCAACUCUAGAGGCACCCUGAUUGGAGUCUGUCUUCUGGGGGUUCUCACUCUGAUAAUCAGCUGGGGGUCUCUUGGCCUGGAACUGGCUGUCGCUGCUUCAGCCAGCGACUUCUGCGUUUCCCCGGAUACCUACAUCACCAGGGUAACCAAGGAAAACGCUGUCAUCAACCAAGAUAUCCUGCAGUAUUACCUGAGGUGCAGCUCUGGCCAAAUUAACCCCUUCCAGCAGAGGCUGUCCGGGAGCCACAAAGCAUUGGUGGAGAUGCAGGAUGAUGUGGCAGAGCUACUGAGAUCAGCAACACGUGAUUACGCCAACACCAAGGGGAGUCUCGAGCAAAUCCAGUCUGUGCUGAAUUCCACGGAGGUUGGUCUUCACCAGCUGACUGCUCUGGUCGACUGUCGCAGCCUACACAUGGACUAUGUUCAGGCAUUAACAGGCCUGUGUUAUGACGGAGUUGAGGGUCUCAUCUACCUGGUUCUCUUCUCCUUUGUCACUGCUCUGAUGUUCUCCUCCAUUGUGUGCAGUGUGCCACAUACCUGGCCUGGCAAGAGGACGGAUGAGGAAGACGGAGAGGACGAGUCGGGCGCCUCACGGGGCGGUGUGCACGAUAACCUGUACCGCGUUCACAUGCCCAGUCUCUACAGUUGUGGUUCCAGCUACGGUAGCGAAGCUAGCCUGCCCGCUACAGCCCACACUGUCAGCAAUGCCCCCGUCACUGAAUACAUGAGCCAGAACGCAAACUUUCAGAACCCUCGGUGUGAGAACACCCCCCUGAUUGGCAGGGAGUCCCCUCCACCCUCUUACACCUCCAGUAUGAGAGCGAAGUACCUGGCCACCAACCGACCAGACCAGAACCGACGCUCUGUUCCCAACGACCAACUGGACCCGGCCAGUCGGCCACACCCCGCUGCCAGACCACAGUCCUCAGUCCACUAGAUACCAGAGCCACAUCAGUCCACCGUAGUACUGCCUGAAUCCAGUUCUCACCGCCGACAACAAGACCCAACAUGGCGCUCAACCAGAACUGAGCGCUUUAAGCACCAACAGGACCCCGGUUUGUCAAGGUCCACUGAAUUUCACUAACACCGGUUCACCUGAAGCAACACAGCAAGCCAGAACUCAUCAACCAAGCACCUCAGUAAAGGACUGCACUUUGAAGGUCAACUUCUACUCCUCACCUACAAUUAUCCAAAAAAUCAGUCAAAGCCCAUCCUACAAGAUCACUACUUCUACUUCACCUCUUAUUCUUCGUGAAGGCACAACCCGAGCUGCUCAUUCCACCACUGCUGUGAUGGAUCAGCCCUCAUACCCACAGUGCACAGCAACUAAAGCCUUGGCUCCGUCGCCACAGUUUCUUCUAGUCUUCAAAUAUCUUCUCUUCCACUGGGAUCUGUACACUGCCCUCCGGUGGAGACAGCAAUGCCACUCUCCCCACUUGAACCGCUUCACACUUUUACAUUCAGCUCGCACACCCACACAGACAAGCACAGACACACGCAGACACGCACACAGACACACAUUGUACAGAGCUGUAAAUAGUGAACAUGUGCUUUAUUCGGAUUUCAUGAAAAGUCGACUGUUGAAUCAUUACUGGUAAUGUGGUGUGCUGCGUGUUUAUCAUGGAAAUUUUUGCUGUAUCUCUCAUACACACACACAAACACACACACUCAUACACAUAAAUAGACAGAUAGUAUAACUGAACACUCAUCUGUAUAAAUAAUAAACCAGUGAAUCAGAAAGCCAUGUUUAGAUAGAGACUCUUAGCACCACAUCCACAUUUUCUCUUUAGCUUAACAUUGUCAUCUAACUAAGACUUGAAUCGUGAGCUUGAAAAGCGUGUCCACGUCUCUCUCCGUACGUGUUUACGUGCACAUGCAGUAUGCACGUCAGUUAAUGCAUUUUUGAAUAUGAGCCAGGAAUGCUGUUGUGGAAUAACUGUUUCGAAGCUUUUGGGAAAAUGGAGCGAGAGACAAGGGACAUAAGAAGGCUCAACCGGUGCCAAAAAACUAUAUUAUGAAAAUGAGGGAUGCCUGAUUCUGUCCUCUUCUCCUACUGCCUCCAGAUGUCUCAAAAAAGGGAAAAACCUUAUCUGGAAUGUGUUCCCUGUGACUGUAAAGAAAAGGGGAACAGGAAAGACACUUGAAAAGGGAAGCGAUGGACAUAUAAUUGCUACUACACAUUUGCCAGGUGCUAUGUAAGCCAGUCAAGGUCCCAGAAGAAGAUCAGCACUGAGAAGGAAUGGAAAUGUUUUUGUUACUACAAUGUUUUGUUUUCAUUCAGGGAUGUGAUCAAGAAUAUAAAAAGCAGAAUGGUUUUCCAUCAUUACUGAAAGGAAGUUGUGUCCCAGAGCCUGAAAAAAAUCCCUGAUACAUAAUGUUACAUAAGUGUUUCAGAAUUAAGGACAGUGGGUGUUUUUUUAUGUUUUAUUAUAAGCUGACAUUCGGGAUGUAAUACUGUGACCAACUGUAGUAUUCUGCUUCUUCUUCUAUACUGUUUCUUUAUUCCUGUGCUUUUAUUUUGUUAACUGGUGAACGUGGAUCGACCUUCAGUUCAGCCACCAGUAGUGAGUCUUUCUUUUUUUUUUUUUUUUUACCCACAAGCACAAAUUCUCUUCAAGGUGACUUUGCGAGAUGGAGAAGUAAAACACACUGCCUGGAACACUGCCAGUGGUUUUUCCUCCCGCUCUAAAACUCUGUGUACAGUGUAUAAAAACUGUAGUCGUGAACCUGUGUGUGUGACAUCACUGCAGUGUGAUUGGCUAUUGCUCUAUCUCAGUGUUACUGUGUGUAAGUACAGUGAUCAGUGUGUCUGACUGGUUGCAAGCAAGGGCCAGCCUAUCUAGCCUGAGUCAUUUCUACACACACACACACACACAUGCACACACAUUCACACACAUUAACACACACACACACACACAAACACACACACACACACAUGCUGUACAGACACACAUACGCAUUCAGUACACACUGCAGUAUCAUAAAAUCCAUCUUUCCCUACUUUUGUCCUGUUUACGUUCACAUCAAGCGCCGUAGUAACUGCACGCCCCUCCCACAGCUGUGACAUCACACUGAGAACCAUUUGCAUUAUGGGUGAUGCAGUAGGUAGCAUUUCAGAGAAGCCUGGAAUCUCGUAGUUAGCUGAGAGAGCCCUUACAUUCGAACCCCUUUCAACCACCAUUCCUGUACAGCAUUUUAAUAUUGUAUUAUUAAUCAAUGACCACUUCUCGUAUUAGCGAGACAAUCUUACAUGUGUGAAUUUAUUAGAAAGAAAAUGUCCAUGUUAUGGUAACAAUGCUACCUAUGGUCUAGUACUUUACAGUGUUUUUUUGCACCAUUGAGGCAAACAAUGUUAAGAUCUGUGGGACUAGUCACUGAUUAAUGGCCUUUCAUAAUGUUUUUAAACUCUUACAACACUCUUCAUAUCACAACAUGUUUUUUUAUUUUUCUCUGUCUUGUAAAAAUCAAAGUUUAAAGAUAAAAUAAUAGCUAGCUGUUUUGUAGGAGAAUAAAGGCAAGAGCAGCGUUUUUCCUCUCUUAUUAAUGGUGAAUGACUCUCUGUCUUGCAAUGUUUUAAUAAAACUAUUCCAGUGUAGUCUGCAUACCUGACUUACAGUUGUAUUUGAAUUCCUGUGCAAUGCUUUGUGGGAUUAAACUGACCUGGUACAGUGUGACGUGAUGGAAACAAGAGCCCUGCUCAUGUUCAGAAGUCUGAAAUGUGUGUGUAUGCGUGGUAUUUACAGGACUUCAAAUACAUCUCUGUCCAGAUGUGAUGGACAAACAAUGUUUUCUAUGGCUGUUUUUAUUUUCUGAUGGUUUAACUAAGAUAUUAAUGAUGUACAUGUCAAAACUGUGGUAAUGAUAUCAUUCAGCCUGGAAUAAAUGUUUUAAAAAAAGAAAUUAAAGCAACUUUAACGUA